AUGCUAAAACGACAACCAAAGUAAGAGACAAAGGAUGCAGUAACUGAAAACGGAUCGGCUCUAAAAGGCAAUCGUCACUUGGAAAUUAAUUCACAAACAGAAUUGCAUAAAGAGAGCGGCCGUUACAAACACCACAGCUUUCUUCUUUCUUCUUUCUUCUUUCUUGCUUACGAGUCACAUUUUCCUCAGUUUCACACACACACACACUCACUCACUCUUACAUCUAUAUCUAUAUGCGUGUAUCUUCUUACAUGGGCAUGGAUGUGUGUAUAUAUACCCCCAGUGAUAUCAACUUCUUCCAUACUCCAUGUUCGUACAUCUAUCUACGGCAACCCUCCGAUGAUGUUCCUCAGAUCAUCCUUCUCUCUUCUCUUCUUCUUCUUCGCAUCAAAUGCUCUGCCACAGAAACGAACUUAUAUAAUACACACACAUACAACCAAAGCCAAACACAUCUAUGCUUCUCUUCUCAGUGUCGUACAGACAGAUGCCCCCAAGAUUCACUAUAUUUACAAAAGCGCCAUCUCCGGCUUCUCUGCAACACUCACGGACGCCCAGUUGGAGACACUCAAGAACAAGCAAGGGUUUGUGUCGGCUUACGAAGACGAGCUCUUGACUCUUCACACCACUCAUUCUCACGAGUUCCUUGGUCUCGAAUUCGGGAUCGGCCUGUGGAAUGUCACGAGCUUGGCUUCUGAUGUGAUCAUCGGUGUUGUCGACACCGGAAUCACCCCGGAGCACGUUAGCUUCCGGGACACUCACAUGCCGCCUGUGCCCUCCAGAUGGACAGGAAUCUGCGAGAAAGGAACCAACUUUUCUUCCUCUUCUUGCAACAAGAAGCUCAUCGGUGCCAGAGCUUUUUACAGAGGUUACGAAUCCAUUGUUGGAAGAAUCAACGAGACAUCUGAUUUCAGAUCGGCAAGAGACGCACAGGGCCAUGGGACACACACGGCAUCGACCGCAGCGGGAGAUAUCGUCCCAAAAGCGAGCUUUUAUGGGUUGGCCAAAGGCUUUUUCGCAGCAGGGAUGAGGUUCAGCUCAAGAGUGGCAGCUUACAAGGCCUGCUGGCAACUGGGUUGUGCCAGCUCUGACGUCCUCGCCGCUAUAGACAGAGCCAUUUCUGAUGGUGUCAACGUCAUCUCCCUCUCCUUAGGCGGAUCUUCACGCCCAUUCUACGUGGACCCCAUCGCCAUUGGUGCCUUUGGGGCCAUGGAGAAGAACGUUUUUGUUUCUUGCUCUGCAGGGAACUCCGGUCCUUCCAAUAACACCGUUAGCAACGGAGCUCCUUGGCUUAUGACGGUGGCCGCCAGUUACACCGACAGGACAUUUCCGGCAAUCGUAGAGAUUGGAAAUGGAAAGCUGUUCGUUGGAUCGUCCUUGUACAAGGGGAAAAUAAUCAAGGAUCUGCCUCUCGCGUUUAACAGAACGGCGGGAGGUCCGGGAGCUGAGUUCUGCGUCAGGGACUCGCUCAAGAGAGAGCUCGUUGAGGGCAAAAUCGUCAUCUGCCUGAGAGGCGCCUCCGGCAGAACCGACAAAGGCCAAGAGGUGAAACGAAACGGAGGAGCAGCUAUGCUUCUGGUGAACAGAAUCACAGAAGGCGAAGAGCUUCUCGCCGAUGCCCACGUCUUACCGGCGGUGUCUCUCGGUUUCUCCGCCGGAAAUUCCAUCCUUAAGUAUCUCUUCAUCGCCUCAUCCUCUGCCUCCAUCCGCUUCAAGGGCACCGCCUAUGGUGCCACCGCUCCCAUCGUCGCAGCCUUCUCCUCUCGUGGUCCCAGCGUCGCCGGACCUGAGAUUCUAAAACCCGACAUCUCCGCUCCUGGCAUGAACAUCCUCGCCGGUUGGUCCCCUUUCUCCAGCCCCAGCCUCCUCAGCUCCGACACCCGACGAGUUCAGUUCAACGUCAUCUCCGGAACCUCCAUGUCUUGUCCCCACGUCAGCGGCCUCGCCGCCCUGCUCCUGGCGGUUCAUGGCGACUGGUCUUCAGCGAUGGUCAAAUCUGCGCUCAUGACGACGGCCUCCACCACCGACAACAGGAACCGCCCUAUUGGGGACAUGGGUUCGGGACCCACCUCACCGGCCACCGCUUUCGCCCUGGGCGCUGGCCACGUGGAUCCCACACGCGCGGCGGAUCCCGGGCUGGUGUAUGAUAUAACCGCGAUGGAUUAUCUGAACUACCUCUGCAGCCUGAACUACACGAUGGAGAGAAUUGCUCUGUUUUCCAGGACGAACUACACAUGUACCAAAGGCGUGGCCUUGAGAUCGGGCGACUUGAAUUACCCGUCGUUCGCGGUGAACUUCGAAGCGGGCGACCGGAGCAGGUUGACGUACAAGAGGACAGUGACAAACGUUGGGUCAGGGGCGUGUGAGUACAAGGUAAAGGUGGAGGAGCCACGAGGUGUGAAGUUGAGAGUGGAACCAGAUGUCUUGAGGUUUCAGAAGCUUCGACAGAGUUUGAGUUACAGUGUCACGUUCCUCUCGGAAGCUUCCGCAACUUCUUCUUCCUUCGGAGCUUUGGUUUGGAUCUGUGGGAACUACAGCGUCCGAAGUCCCAUCGCCGCGACGUGGGACUGACUCAUACACUUUCCUUCCUAAACUUUAUAAUUGACAAAAAAAAAAGGAAAUCUUAUCAAUUUUAGAGGAUGCUUUCAACAUAACCUAUAGUAUCCAACCCAACAAAGAAUUAUAACGGAAAAGACAGAUUUAUUCGUUCAGUACAUGAGAACCCAGAAAUGGAAAUGUCAAAGUUCUGUAAAUCAGACAGCCUCUGUCUUAGCCACUCUUGAUUCGUUCAA